AUGUCUCUUCCUGCCGCUGACAGGCGUGUUAAUUUUUUCCUCUAGACACAAAUAUGUAAAGUCGGUGUAACUUUUUGAUUCUCUUCGUGCUGAGAAGCUAAACAGAAAAGUCAACCAUGAACUACAAUGAGGAACCUUCACCUAGUCCCAGACAGCCAGUCCUGCCUCCCCUCUCCAACAGGACCCUGCACCAUCCUUCCUUUCUGCCUCUGUACAUGUCUGCAGGUUCUGCACAUCAUCACAGCAGCUUUAACACCCAAACAGUGCUUCCCAUCAUCCCACCAGAGCUCUUCUACACUGACCCCACCAUGCACUGUGGGAGGAGGAUCCCCAACACAGUGAGCCAGUUCAGGUCCUUUGAUCGUUUCCAGCUCAACACUCCACCACCGGUUAUGUCCGCCUCCUUGGCUCCACCAAACCGUCCGGACCCGUUCAGAUCUGGGACACACUCCAUCAGAGACUUGGGCAGCGGCACCUGGAGAAUCCACAUCAUCCACCCGACAACGCAGCCAAGCUGGGUGGUCCUCCAGCUCACCCAGGAUGAGGACCAGGCCAUCACUAACCUCCUAAAACUGCACCACCAUGAGCCUUUACAGAGAGAUGAGACCCUUACUGCUCUGCACAUGGACUCCUCCGGUCUUUCAGAGCCACUAGUGGACAACAUGGACACCAGCUCAUUGUGUAGUCCCUCUGAAUGUACAGACCCCACCUUAGCUGAGGAAUUAGACGACCCUUUCUACAGCGAUCCGCAACAUCCGAUGGAGGCUGGUUUGAUGAGUCAGGUACAACAGGAAAGACGUUGGUCCGAUGUGGAGCUUGAGGCAGCCGACACACUCUUGAGUCGCUUUAGCCUGACGGAGGAGGACAAGCUCAGGGCUCAAACCCAACAAGGAUCUGAGGCGUUAAUACCCGCUCGUCCUACUCAAAACCACGUCGGCUACGUUGGCUUUAGUCGUGUCAGGGAGGAUGGAGGAUGGACGGAGGUUACGUCUGUUGAAGGCAGGAAUACAGAUGACAUUCCUAAGGAGUAUCCGGCGUCGUCUUCGCUGGUAACGAGCGGAUCGAGUGUCUUUGGAGAUUUGUCAGGAGUGAAGGAUCGAAAGCUCUCAGAUUCAGAGGGAGAUGCUGUACGUGGACUCCUGAGCCUCGGGGACAUGUGAGCUUUAGAUAUCGUGCCGUGAUGGUCUUAAAACUUUUAAGUCUGCAUGUUUGUGUUUUUAAGGGACUCGACUACAUUUUCCACAUUAUGGAAAUAAGUAUUUGCUUUUGCACUGGUUGCUGU